AGCUUCCAUUCCCAUCUCCACCAAUAUGGAGCUCACGCUAACAAUGUCCAUGGCCACGGCACUGAUGGUCACCGUCGUCGUCGUGCUUCUGCUCAGCUCCGUCGUGAGGCCGCGUCACAGCCAGAGGAAGGUGUUGAACCUCCCUCCUGGCCCAAAGGGAUGGCCGGUUUUCGGCAGCCUGAGCUUGCUAGCAGACACGCUCCCCCCGCACCGUGUGCUAGCCAAGCUUGCGGCGCGCUACGGCCCGCUCAUGCACCUCCGGCUCGGCUCCUUCCACGUCGUGGUCGCCUCCUCCGAGGAGACGGCGCGGCUCGUCCUCAAGACCCACGACCUCGCCUUCGCCGACCGCCCGCCCACGGCCUUCGGCAAGAUCCUCGCCUACGACUACAAGGGCAUCGUGCAGACGCCCUACGGCCCCUACUGGCGCAUGGCGCGCAAGCUGUGCGCCACGGAGCUCUUCUCCGCGCGGCGCAUCGACUCGUUCGAGCACGCCCGCGCGCAGGAGAUGCGCGCCCUGACGCGCGGCCUGUUCGAGCGCGCCGGCGCCGCCGUGCAGGUGAAGGAGCACCUGCUGAGCUUCACCAUGCGCAACAUCCUCCGCAUGGCGCUGGGGGAGAAAUGGUCGUCGGGCUCCUGCGGUAGCCACGACGACGGCGGCGGCGAGGCAUUCCGGCGAUCGCUCAAAGAGUCGUUCAUGGUGACGGGUUUGCUGGGCAAUGUUGGGGAGUGGGUGCCGUGGCUCGGCUGGCUCGACGUGCAGGGUUUCGUCCGGCGGAUGAAGCGGGUGCACGUGAUGUUCGACCAGUUCAACGAGCAGAUACUCAACGAGCACCAGAACGACCGGCGGCGUGCUGGGGCGGGGAUGGACCUGGUGGACGUGCUGCUGCAACUAGCCGAGGACGGGCAGGAGGAGCAGCCGCCGGAGACCAGGCUCACACGCGAUGGCGUCAAGGCCUUCCUCCUGGACAUCAUUGGCGGCGGCACGGAGACCGCCGCGGCGACGUUGGAGUGGGCCCUACUGGAGCUCCUCCGCCACCCGGCCGCCAUGGCGGCCGCCACCGAGGCGCUCGACCGCGUGGUGGGGCGCGGCCGCUGGGUCACCGAGAGGGACCUGCCGGACCUCCCGUACAUCGAGGCCGUCGUGAAGGAGACGAUGCGGCUGCACCCGGUGGGCCCUCUCCUCAUCCCGCACCACGCCCGCGAGGACGCGGUGGUCGUCGGCUACGACGUCCCCGCCGGCACGCGCGUGCUGGUGAACAUGUGGGCCGUGGGGCGCGACCCGGCGUCGUGGCCCGACGCGCCCGGCGCAUUCCGGCCGGAGCGGUUCCUCGCCGGGGGCAGCGCCGAGGGGGUGGGCGUGCACGGGACGCACUUCCAGCUGCUGCCGUUCGGGUCCGGGCGGCGGAUGUGCCCGGCGCACAACCUCGUGAUGAAGGAGGUGGUGGCGGCGCUGGCGAACCUGGUGCACGGGUUCUCGUGGCGGCUGCCGGACGGGGUGGCACCCGAGGACAUGAGCAUGGAGGAAUUCUUCGGGCUGAAUGUAAGUCGGAAGGAGCCACUCGUUGCCCUUGCCGAGCCAAGGCUGCCGGCGCACCUCUACGCCGCUCUCGACUAGCCAUGCUUCCUGGUUUAUGUAUUCAUCAGGCGUUCGUAUAUAUACAAGUAUUUUGACACGUUAAACAUCAAGUGAUUUGUAUCAAUUAUAUCAUAUUUGUAAAUGAGUACCAAGUAUCAUUUUUAUUUCUA